CCUCCUCCUCCUUCCUCCUCGCCGCCCCCCGGGCCGAUGUCCUGGGCGGCGGCCCGGCGUGCGGCCGUGCGCGGCGCCAGCCGCCGCGCGCCGCCAUCGCCCAGCUGGGGCGGCCGCUGCCGCUGGCUCGCGGCGUCUGCGGGAUCUGGCCCCAAGCGGGAGAUGAACAUGUUCACGGCCAUCAACGACGCCAUGGACGUCGCCCUGGCCAGCGACGACCGGGCGAUGGUCUUCGGCGAGGACGUGGCCUUCGGCGGCGUCUUCCGCUGCAGCAUGGGCCUGAAGGAUAAGUACGGCAGCGAACGUGUGUUCAACACCCCCUUGUCUGAGCAGGGCAUCGUCGGCUUCGCGAUCGGCAUGGCCGCCGUCGGGUACACGCCGAUCGCCGAGAUCCAGUUCGCUGACUACGUGUUCCCGGCCUUCGACCAGAUCGUCAACGAGGCUGCCAAGUACCGCUACAGGGCCGGCUCCACCUGGCACUGCGGCGGGCUGACAAUCCGGAUGCCCUGUGGCGCGGUCGGCCAUGGCGGCCUUUACCACUCGCAGUCGCCCGAGGCCUUCUUCUCCCAUUGCCCAGGCCUGAACGUGGUCGUCCCUCGCGGCCCAGUUCAGGCCAAAGGGCUGCUGCUGGCCGCGAUCAGGUCCCCAGACCCGACGCUCGUCUUCGAGCCGAAGGUGUUGUACAGGCAGGCGGUGGAGGAAGUCCCCGAGGGCGACUUCGAGCUGCCGCUGGGCAAGGCCGAGGUACUGCGGGAGGGCACGGACAUCACGCUCGUCGGCUGGGGCAACCAGGUGAACCGCCUCCUCGAGACGGCCGACCUGGCCGCUGCCGACGGCGUCUCCUGCGAGGUCAUCGACCUGAUGUCGAUCCUGCCCUGGGACGAGGAGUGCAUCGUCGAGUCCGUGUCCAAGACGGGGCGGUGCCUCGUGGCCCACGAGGCCUCGGCCGGGCGCGUCCCUCCACAGGAGGACAAUUCACAAGCAGUCACGAAGUAGUCUUGAGACGAUAAUUGGACUAUUUUUUCGACCAUGUUUACAUAUUUUUGGAGUUUUGCCAAUCUUUCCUCAUUCGCCCGUAGGAGGACACGCCCGACCCAACACGAGGCCCCGAAGACCAGCGGGUUCGGGGCCGAGGUCGCGGCCACGGUGCAGGAGCGGUGCUUCCUGCACCU